GGAGGGAGCCGGGCAGCUCCGGAGCAGACGCCGUGCGGGGAAGGGGUCCCGACCUCCGGCGGCCCCCGAGGGCGAGCGAGGCCGGGGAGCGAGGCCGGGGAGCGCCGCGGCGCUUUUGGGCGGCGGGGGCUGGGAUCUUGUUUUCCCCAAGUGCUCGGGGGGCUUGUGAAUGAGGAGGGGCUUGCAGGGAGCUGGCGCUAAAGAGGGCCUGAGGAGAGCGCCACACCCACGGGAAGGGUGUAAGCAGGAUGGUUUCUAUCAUUCUCGAGGUGACCUGCAGCCUUGUUGCCUGGCUGUUUCUGUACAUCUGCUUCUGCUACUGGAACAAGCACCGUUCCCACGAGUGGAGCUGUCGCUUGGUCACCCUACUGCAUGGGGUGAUUGUCACCUGCCUCUCUGGUUACGUUGCUCUCGUGGAUGGCCCCUGGCCUCUGACCCAUGCAGGUUCACCAAACACAUCUCUUCAGAUCCAUGUGCUGUCCCUGACCUUGGGUUACUUUAUCUUUGACCUGGGCUGGUGCCUGUAUUUCCAGACAGAGGGGUACCUGAUGCUGUUCCAUCACACGCUGAGCAUCUGCGGCAUGAUCAUGGUGCUGGGGCUCGGGAAGUCCGCUACCGAAGUCAACGCUGUGGCGUUUGUCAGCGAGAUCACCAACCCGCUGCUGCAGACCCGCUGGUUUCUGCGGGAAAUGGGCCGUUACCACACUUUCCUGGGAGAGGUGGUGGAUUUCUUCUUUGUGCUCCUCUUCCUGGUGCUGCGAAUCGGGGGAGGAGCUUUCAUCAUGUAUGCGAUGGUGAUGUCUCCUGAUCCCAGCUGGCUCCUCAAGGCUGGAGGCCUGGCCAUGUACAUUGUGUCUUUGGGGUUCAUGGUUGAAAUCUUCCGCUUUGUCAAGAGGAAAAUGUUGAAAAAAUACCAUUCCUGGACAAACUUGAGUGUGAAUGCACCUGCAAAAACUAACGGGCGCUUAACACCCCAUUGAUUGGUUGUGGAUGACAAUCCCUCGGGCUAGGGUCCUGGCUGCUGAUGCCUAUUCCUGUGAAAACACCUCCUAAAAGCGAUGUGCAAUUGACUUUCUGGCACUGGCAGUGGUCUGUUAUCCCUGGAGGAGACAAAUCAGCGCUAGGAACAUGGGAAAGCUGACAGAAGAGGGGUUUGAGUGGAAGUCUCAGGAAUCUAACACGUCUGCUGAACUCUGCUUCCCUGACUUUUCCAGCAAUUACACAGUCUUAAGGAGGGUGGCAAUGCCAGACCCAUUCAGUCUUCAACCAAUAAUUGCACAGUCUGUAUGUUCUAUAAUCAUUGUGGAGGUAGGAUUAUUGUACAGUAUGAAGCCAGAAAAUCAAAUCUGAAAAAAAAAACCAGCCCCAACACAUCCUCCUGCCCAUGGGACCAGGCAGGGGUGUGGCUUAGCAAAGAUUUACUGAUCCUCACUCUCCUUUGAUCCUGGAGUUGGAUAACACAUUUGAUAAGUACUUGGAUGAAAGCCUCUGAACAGGAUUCAAGUGCUUGCAGGAGCAUAGUGGAGUUGUCCUUUGAGUGUGUGAAGUGAUGGUACUUGAGGUGAGGCAAUGUUUUACCUCAUUGUUUUUAAUGAUACAUUUCUCUUUUUUAAUACUGGCAUUCAAGCAGAUACUGAUCUUAGAGCAGUAUGACAUCACUGGGAUAGACUCAGGCCCUUGCAAACUGGACUCAUAGAUUUGUGCCAAUAAACUCUGUGAACAGGUGUGCAUCUAGCUUUGGAUUGCUUCAAAAAACAACAAAAAGCCAACCCACAAACAAACAGGCAUUUUGUGGGUGAGAGAUGAUAGAGAAGAGCCCUCUCUGGAUGCUCUUUCUGUUCUGGGGUUGGCUCAUUUACAAGCCACUUAAGCUGAAUGAGACUAAUAAGUGACAAUGUUUUCAGGGGUAACAGUAAUGUUUAGGAAGAUCUCAGUGUAACAUCUGCUCCGUACCAGCAGGUCUUGGAGUACAGACUAGUUCUCUUGUUUUCUUUACCUCUGGAGAGUUGUGUUCUGACAUUUCCCUUGGGGUUUUAAAAUGUGAAUUUCCCCUUGUUUAAGGCUGCAGUUUGGAUUUAUUCUCCCAUAAAAGCCUUGCUUACAGCUGAGAAACAAACGGCCUUGUGUUGCCCUGGGCUUAGUGAGGCUGGUUGCCUUUCCUUCCUGCUUUGAAAGGCCUUGCUUUGAGGAGCUUCUUCAUGGAGCUGAAGAGCCUCUGAAACACUGUGUGGCUCUUGCUCAAGUGAGGUGUCAGCCUGGCUGCAGAGGUGGAAGGGAGCAGUGGGGAUACAGCUGCUGUGAGGAUGCAGCCUCACUAGCUCCUCUGUGCCUCUUAUCUCACUAACUUUGGCACUGUGUAAGGCAGAUAUCUGCCUUGGCUGGAGGUUAGAUUAAGGUGUCUGGAGAGAUAAAAAAAUUACAUAACCUCAUUUUUGACAUGCCCUCUGCAUGCAUUGCAGCUGUGAAUCCAGGCAAGUUAGCAGCUAACCUGCUGGGUAAACCAGGAGCCUUGUUCUCCUGGUAGCUUACUCCUGUGAGUGAUGAGACUCCUAAUAAAGUUAUGUUCUCUUUUUAAAAUAAA